UUUAUAUUUAUGAUGCCGGAACAAACGUACAUGUACGCCUAUGUAACGUUGCCGCACAAUGACCAGAGAGAGCGCUACUCUCAGAAAUGUUAUCGGGACGGAAGACGGGUGGUGUUGGCAAGCUACGACUUGAUGGGAUCAGAGAGUUUCGGUUUUAAAGACAAGCUAAGGAAGUCGAUGAAAGGAAUGAACGAGUCCGCCGAGCGGUGGGUUUCCGAAGUGCGUCAAGGUACGACCAAGAGACGUUUUGCGAUUAGAGUUUUGAGGACAAAACUUGGCUUCUAUUCUUGCUUCAUUCGUAGUGUUGGAUUUUUUACUUCUUGUGUGGGGGCACAGAGAUAAUUUCAUGAAGUAAUUUAUUAAUCUAGCCCUGCCUAUAUAGAGUAUUGAUUUGAUCGAUGUUGCUCUUCGUACAUAUACAUGUAAAUAUUUGGUUUCAUUUACACAUAUAUACGUACGUGUUUUCGUUGGGGAGUUUCGUGUAUCCCACAUUCAGAUUCAAGUUGGAGACUUUGUCGAGUGAAUUAAGGUUUGAAUAUGUAAGCUUACUGUUAUUGUGUACGCGGUAUAAUAUGUAAAUCAGAAAUCAAAACUAUAUUUUGGUGA